AAAAGGCUUAAUCUUGAAGAGGACUGGGAGUGAGAAGUUAAUUAACGAAUCGCUUUAUACAAAGCCCAUUUCCUUCGUCGUCGUCUUCUUCUUCUUCUUCUUCUCAUUCUUCUGCAACUCCUUUUCACCCUUGGCGCUUUCUUCCCAACGCCCAAUGAAAAUGUCUCUCUUCCGCAGACAAACAUGCCGCCAUUGCCAUAUUGUUUUGAAUCUGAGCAUGCCGCGGUGAAGUCUGGAUUUCCCAAACCCAUUUUUGGGCUCUUAAAACGUCUUGCUUGCUCUUCUAUCAGGAUCCCAUCUCGUCGCCAUUUAAACUAAUGGGCUUUGAAGAAAAUGAUGCAGGAGUUUCACCAAGCCAAAGCUUGAAUGGAAGUUUUAGAAUGACCAGAUCAGGUCUUUCACAAUAUGACUUGCACUCCUCGCCCAGUUUGGAUGGAAGUUUCAGGAUGCCUGGAUCUGUUAUGUCUGGAAGAAGUUUAUCGGAUCUUUCUACUGCAACCAAACAAGUCUCUACUUCCAGAAGACAUUCCAAGUCACUGAAGGAUUGGGCUAGAAGCCUUACCAGCCUUGACUUAUUCACACACAGGUUCGAGAAUUGGGUCUCUGAAAAUGACGAGUCUUUCAGCUCUCCCUUCUCAAUCGACGAAGUACUGAACCUCGAUUUAGCAUUGGAAGGAGUCCCCUUUCAGCAGCUAUGCCGGAUGCCAAGUUCUUCUUCAUAUCCAUCAGGCACCACAGAAGGGCAGUACUUAGCAAUGGAGGACUUUCUCCAUGCUGUAAUGAAUGGCUUGUGGCGCACAUUUUGGCACAGAAGUAGUAAACCGCUUCCAUUUAGUCUAGCUUGUCCACGCAGGAUCGGAUCAAAGUUCUAUACGUUAGAGAAAGUAGCUUCAAGAGGAAGACUCCAAGAGGUUCAGGGCUUAGCUAUAGUUUCAAACGUCGAGACUCGUCAUCAGUGGGACCGAGUGGUUCAGUUUGCGUUGGUUAGACCGAACAUUCUGUCUGAAAAUGAGCUCAAACUAUCCACCCGAAUCAUAUGCGAAGCCCUCUUCUUUGGUGUUCAUAUUCUCUGUACAGCUGGCAGGAAUUCGGUUUUCGUUUUGGUUUGUGACUCGACAUUUGGUGGCGUGGUGAAGAUAGAAGGUGAUAUUUGGAAGCUCGAGCUGAACUCUAUCAGUGAUCCUUAUGAAUGUGUCAUAGACUGGAUCAAACGUCAUGCUGAGGUCAGAGUCUCUCCAGUUGACCAGGUGUGGAACAAGCUAGGCAAUGCAAACUGGGGGGACAUAGGUACUCUGCAAGUAAUGCUGGCGACUUUUUACUCCAUGGUGGAAAUGAAUGGCUCGCCAAAGAAGUCCAUUGCUACGCUAGCCUCUCAACAUGGGCUUCGGCUUCAGAAUCGAAGGAUGGAGCGCCGCAUCAUCAGAAAUGGGAGCACUCCACAUGAAGGAGAGAUCAUAGAGGCAAGAAAUCAUCUUCAGGAACCUAAUAAGAAACAAGCUUCGAGAUUGAAGCUUCAACCCGGAACACUGCUGACGAUAGAUGACCAGCUCGAUGGAAGAAGGAAGAGCUUCCAAAUCCAGGAAUGUUCUGUUGGAGGGAAUUCCUUUCUCUCCAGUGCUAUCGACCUGGCUUGUCCAUCUCAGCUGUUGGCUCUAUCUGUUGGGGCCCACACCUCGAGACUCGAGCCCUCGUGGGAAGACAUGAGCUUGUGGUAUCAAGUCCAGAGACAAACCAAAGUGUUGAACAUUCUGAAGGGAUCUUCUUCUUCGAGCAAAUGCCUUCCGGAAAUGGUUGCUUGCGGAAGACUCUUCCAUUCAGGACAAUGCACUAGACAGAGCCCCAGUGGAAGGUGCAACGAUCCCUUCUGCGGGACCCCUAUACUCGUGACAUGUCCUGUAGGGCAGCCUCUAUCCUUCAUUGUAGCCCGGGAUGGGCCAUUGUCAUCUACGGAGGCGAUUCGAUGCUGCAGAGAUUGCCUUGCAGGGUUGAAGAGUGCUGCAGCUGCCAACGUCCAGCAUGCAGACAUAUGCCCGGAGAACAUAGUCCGCCGCAUCCUUCCUCAUUCCACAACAACGACGUCCUCUUCCUACGUCUUAACCUCAUGGGGUCGUGCAGUUCUGGAAGAACGAGACAGCGCGGCCAUCAACUUACAGUUCUCUUCAUCCUAUGCACUUCAGCACGGGAAGCUCUGUCCAUCCUCAGAUGCUGAGAGCCUCAUCUAUUUGCUGUUGUUCAUCACUGGCAGCAGCAUUAUGCAUCAGCAGCAGCAUGACUCGAUCGAGUCGGCAUUAGCGUGGAGGGAAAGAAGCUGGGGGAAGAGAUUGAUUCAGCAGCAGCUGGGAGAAGUGUCGCCGAUACUCAAGGCGUUUGCUGACUAUGUAGAUGGUGUGGCGGGAACGAAUUAUCCAGUCGAGUAUGGAGUGUGGGUGGAGAGGCUGAGUAGAGGGGUUGGUGGUGGUGGGGAUGAUAAAGGGAAGACGAUGGUUGAAGAAGAAGAAUAUGAGAUUGGUGAAAGGCUGGUGAUUGAAGAUGUGGAUGUUGCAGAAUCAAGUUCUUCGAGGAACUGAUGGGUAAAUUACCAUUUGGUUUUUGCUUGUUGAAUUCCGUUUGGCUGUGGUCGAAGCCAUGUCUUAAAUUUGUUUGGGCCAUGAAAGGAAUGCUGUAAGUAACGGUGGGUGGGCAACGGUUUGGUUCAUAUCAGAUUGAAGACAAUCAAAUCAGUACUAUUGGAAUUGUAUCAGACACGAUGAACUGUGUUUCGGUUUAGUUCUGACUCUAAAAUGCAAAAACUUUUUCUCAUUUUUCCAUGACAUUUCUCUUCUUCAAAUAGAAAGAAAAAAUAGAUUGUAUUGAAAUGGAUUCUUAUU